AUUAGUAUUCAGUACGCGGAAAUACGUUUUGUACUAAUACUAUACUAUAAAUGCAAAUAAACUGGUUUAUAAAAUAUGUUUGAGAGGCGCGUGGAACAUGGUACCAAAAAAUUUUGCUAUUGUUGCUAAUUGAAGCGUGUUGGAUUGUUGUUCACUUCAAUCGGGCACAGGAGUUCUGUAGUAGUUUUGCGAUAGGGUUUCCAUUGGUGUUCUCUUUGUCGUGGAUUUUCAAAUUUUUGGAAAGAGGUUGGCCGUGACGGUCCACAACAUUUAUCAAAUAUCCCAUACUUGUAGGCAAUACCUAGGAUAUUACGCAAGUAGGCGUAAAUUUCCCCUCUCCGCACUACGUUAAAUAUUUUUGGAGACACGCAUUAAAAACACCUUUAAUUUAUAACUAAACGCGAAGAUGAUCAGUUGUGACUAUUUUGUAUUUAUAAUUACAUUAUCGUCUGCCACUUUAUGUUACUCUUUCAGGAAUUCCUACACCGCUGCGGUUGUUGACUACUUACACAUUUAUGAGGACAACCCUGAAGAUUUGCUCAAGAAGAAUGUGGACCAGUACCUACAGUUCAUGCGUAAUGCAUCCAGUCAGAAUGCUGACAUAAUAGUUUUCCCCGAAUAUGGAAUAGUAGGUCUAGAUGCAAUGUAUAUUGCCGAAGAAAAAAAUUCAUCGGAAUUAACGAAAUAUGGUACUUACGUGCCUGAUCCUACCCAAAACAUCGCCCCAUGCGAUUAUUUAAAAUGCGAAAUGUGCAAAGAGCAUUUAGUAAAUCUAUCAUGUGCUGCGCGAGCUAAUGCCAUUUAUACAGUGGUGAACCUGCCGGAAAUGGAAUUUAAUAAUGACACUGGGGAGACAGACUUUCAUAAUACUAAUGUGGUGUUCGAUAGAUCUGGAGCAGUUAUAGCAAAAUUUCGAAAAAUAAACCUGUCGCAAGAGCCGUUUCUAAAGGCAGGCAGGAAAAUAGUUACUUUUGUAACAGAUUUCAACGUAACGUUUGGUAUUUUUACUUGCUUUGAUUUGCUGUUCCGAUACCCUGCAAUGGAAGUAUUGUCAAAUCCUGAGGUGACCGACGUUAUAUUUCCAACGGCUUGGUAUUCAGAAACCCCCUUUCUGCAAGGAUUAAGUAUUCAGCAUGGCUAUGCUAAAUCAAAGGGAGUCAACAUGUUAGCGUCGGCCUUACAAGAACCUUACUAUUCCGAUGGCGGUAGUGCGAUUUAUCUAAGCGAUGGGAGUAUUGCUGAAGCAUUUAUAACGAAUAAACGUGAAAGCAGAAUGCUAGUUAACGAUGUUCCAAUAAUCCAGAAAAGAGCGAUAGGCGCAUGUGAGAACUUGAACAAAGGGAUUAAGAAACCGUUACAGAAGGGGGAAUAUACAGAUAUUGACAAUUUUCCAUUAAAUCGCGACGGUACCAAAGGUUACAUUUACGAACCACUUGGAAAACAAGGGAAAACACAAACGCGCAUCUGCACCGAUAACGAAGACUUCUGCUGCUUUUUCAAUAUAACUGUCGACAGUUCUUCAGUAACCACGGCAGACUAUGGACACAGAAUAGCGAUUUACAAGGGCUUGAGUCCCUUUGGAAGUAACGUGCUUGGAGCCAUCAGAACGUGUGCCUUAAUUGCUUGUCUCAAUGAAACUGAGGAAUCCUGCGGAUUUCGAACUAAUACAUCACAGAAAUCUACCAAAUUUGAAAGUAUUGAAAUACAAACCAUUGUCGAUAUAACAAAUGACACGCAUAAUCAACCCUCAACAUUAAAAGCGGACUUAACACCAAUUUCUGAUUAUGUUUAUUGCGAAACGAAGAUUUCAGAUUCUAAAGUGAAGAUUAAAAUGGCCUUAACGUCUCCAGAAGAUUCUUUGCUUACUUUUGGAAUAUAUGGCAGAAUGUAUAGUAUGGACGCAAUGGAGGAAGGCACGAAGACAUCUCCACUUCCUCCCGUCGUUAAAGCUGAGUCAAAUGCAGGAAUCCUAGUAGCUGUAGUGUGCGUAAGUGCCGUACUGUUACUCGGUACUGCUUUCAUAUUAUGGAAAUUUUUUACAAAAAUUGAAUAAAAAAAGUAUUUGCAAGUGUUUUUCCAUC